AUUCAUGAUUCAUCAUCAAACGUAGUCGUUCUCAGCAACACGGUCCAAAAAGUCAGUGCAGCGAAAACGGACGAUCCGAAGAAGAAUACUGAAUACCCUUUUUCAUUUCUCUCUCUCUCUCUCUCUCUCUCUAGAAUAAUCUUCUUCUUCUACCAUUUCUCACUAAUAACUCAUCAGUAAGACAAACCUCGUUUUCUACAUUUCACCAUUUUUCUCUUCAAUUCACUCUCACACAACCUUUUCUCUCUUCAGUAAAUAUAACGCUUUAUUAUUUUUAUUUUCUUAUUAUUUUUCACUCUCUUGUUUUUGUAUUUUAUGUACUCGGCGAUCUUCAGGAUCAGCUUGAUCUUAAUAUAAAUGGGAAUCUUCUAGAACAAAACCCAGAGGAAAAAAAGAAAUUGAAGACCUGAAACUCUGACAGGUGAAAUAAAGAAUAAAUAAAAAAAGAUAAAACUCUUUUUUUUAUUCCUCUCCCCAGUUUUUUGUUGUUUCUGUUAUUGGAUUAUGGCUGUUGCUGAGAAUGCCGGGGCCAAAAUCGGUGCUUCAAGUGAAGAUUUGGAAAAAAGUGUAGUGUCAUCUGACUCAAAUGCCCCAAACGAAGAACUGGAGAAUCCGAAACCCCGAAAUGGUUCUGUUGGAAACGGUGUAGAGACCGAUCAGAAUCUCAACGGUGUUGAUGGCGUUGCAGCCACUGUCUCAGUCCCUAACGGCAAUCACAAACCCCAAAUGGGUCAGAUGCAAAAUGGUUUGGACACAAACGGUGGUGGUGUCCAGGGGCAGCAGGUUGUGGCGAACAAUGGUGGCGGCGGAGGUGGGUUCAAGAUGGGCCAUCAGAUAGGUAAUGGAGUGAUGAAUGGAGGAGAGGACGGCGAGAGCUUCAAACGCGAAAUGAGGGAUUUGGCUGAGCUCUUGUCAAAGUUGAACCCUAUGGCUGAGGAGUUUGUGCCCUCUUCACUUGCAAAGAAUCAUGGGUACUUGCCCGGAGCUGGAGGGUUCGGUUUCCCUAACAAUUUGCUACUUCCUGCAAAUUUUGGCAAUGCUAAUGGACAGCCUAAUAGAAGGAGAAAGAAUGGCUACAAUAACCAGGGGAAGCAAAGAGCAAAUCAUAAAAUAGAAAUGGAGAGACGGGAAGAGAUGAUUAGGAGGACUGUUUAUGUCUCCGAUAUUGAUCAACAAGUCACUGAAGAGCAACUGGCAGCUCUCUUUCUUAACUGUGGCCAGGUCGUUGAUUGCCGUGUAUGCGGGGAUCCAAAUUCUAUUCUUCGUUUUGCCUUCAUUGAGUUUACGGAUGAAGAUGGUGCAAGAGCUGCUUUGAACUUGUCUGGCACCAUGCUUGGAUAUUACCCGGUGAGAGUGCUGCCAUCUAAAACUGCCAUUGCACCUGUUAAUCCGUCAUAUUUGCCCAGGUCUGAAGAUGAAAGGGAGAUGUGCUCAAGAACUAUUUAUUGCACAAAUAUUGACAAAAAGGUUACUCAAGCUGACGUUAAACUCUUCUUUGAAUCUCUUUGUGGAGAGGUUCAACGCUUGAGGCUUCUUGGGGAUUACCAUCAUUCGACUCGAAUUGCAUUUGUCGAGUUCACAAUAGCUGAAAGUGCAAUUGCUGCUCUGAACUGCAGUGGUGUGAUUUUGGGUACGCUGCCGAUAAGGGUAAGUCCAUCGAAGACACCAGUCCGUUCUCGGGCACCUCGUGGCUCAGUGCAUUGACUCAUCACUCAUCAUUCCAUGUCUUUUGGUGUUCAUUGCUGCUCAGAUAUCUUUACAUAUAUACAUACAACAAAUAUUUCCUAAGGUACCUGUGGCGAUUAGUUGUGGUUAAAGUCCGGCGUUAUGCUAUCCUUGUUUCCUGCUUGGGAGUUAUGGAUAUUGUGUUUAGUUCGUAGAGUUGGAUGGGGCCUCAAGAGGAUCUUAAUGGCUUAAUUUAUGACAAUGUGACUGUUUAUCUCGAAAUGAGACACUUUUGUUGUUCGAAGUUCCUCGCGCACUGGAAUUUCUUGAAAAAGAAACUAGUUACAAGGCUUUGUUCCUCGUUAGCGGUUAAUGUGGUUACCACAAUCUUUUUUGGAGUUUUUUUUUUUUUUAAUUUCAUUUCUUUCCUGUAUGCUAGUGUUUUACCCCUUUGUCUACAUUAAAUUAGUUAAUUAGCUUAUCCCUCUGUUGGUUGCUUUCCUA